AUGGAUUCUUCGCUGCAUGAGGUCUGGCAAGCUGCUGCUGGCAGUCCCUUCUUCCCUACCGUGGACAAGGACACUCAGUUCACGCUCGCUUUUGCCUUGCUCCUCGUUGGUUUCUUCCUCACUGGCGUCUUUGCUCUCAACCGCACUUUGAUUAACGUCCCCCUACUGGGCAUUCCGGCUUCUCUCACACUUGCUUGGAGCAAUCAAGAGAAGACGCUACUUGGCGCGCCAAUUGCCUUUCUGCCAGUUUUUGAACCUUUCAUUCACGCACCUUUCCCAAACAACCACAUCCGCAACUUCGAUAUGUCUACAGAAGCCCAACCCAUCUUCCGCGCGGUUGCGACUUCUACCAGGCCGCUGUAUCAACUUUUAAGAUGCAUAAACUUUGCACCCAGAGUUCAUGUCCAAAUUACAGAGGAAGGUAUUCGUUUUGCUUCUGACCAUGCGCGAGUGAUGCAGGGCGUUGCGUUUCUCGAUAAAUCCCUCUUUUCGUCAUAUACCGUCAAUUUACCUUCCCAGGAUGGUGAUGACGCGCCUGAGCUUCCUAAUUUCCAACUUUCCUUGUCAUCAGUCCUUGAAGUGCUACAGAUCUUUGGGGCUGUGGAUGUAGCCACUCGCGCUCACAAAGCAGAACAAGACCCUUAUCGCAGCAAUCUCCGGAACUACCGCCCAGAUGCUUUCAGCAACCAAACCCUCGGCAUUUCUGGUACUUGCACUCUUCUGUACGCUGAAGAAGGAGACCCAUUCAAGAUCACUAUCGAAGAAUCUGGCGUGAAGACGACUGCAUCUUUGACAACCUAUUUGCCCGAAAUACCCGAUGACAUUCCUUUCGACCGCACUGAUCUCACCUUUAAAAUCAUUAUGCAAUCUCGAACAUUGCUGGAUUCGCUCGCCGAAAUUUCUCCAACAGCUCCUUUGAAGUUGACAAUCACAGCCACCAAAGCCUCGCCUUUCUUAUCGCUCGCUGGUGCAGGAGAUCUGGGGAGCUCAGGGGUAGAUUUUGCACGUGGCAGGGACCUUCUCGAGACUUUUACCAUCCAAGAUCGUUGGUCGCAGGCCUACAAAUUUGACUUUAUCAAGAAUUCAACAGAAGCGAUGCGAAUCGCCAACAAGGUCAGCUUACGAGGAGACUCACAGGGAGUUUUGAGCCUGCAGUUCAUGGUGGAUAUCGAGGGUGGCAAGCGAAGCUUUCUUGACUUUCGGUUCGUGCCUUUCCUCCAGGAAGAUGGCGAGGAUGAUGACACAGAUGGUGCUGAGUAG